AUGUCUUCUUUAUUCGAUGUAAUACAGAUCACAUCUAAUACAUUAAAUUCUAAUGACGCUAUCUCAAAUAUUCUAGCUCUCAUAUCGCAGUCUUAUUGUUUAGACUCAACGACUUUUAAAUGUGUCUUAGCUUUGCUUAAUUUAUCAGAUUAUGAAGUUCUUCUGAGGGAAAGGAGUGUGAAACACAGAUGUGCAUAUCCCCUAUGUUCGAAAGAAAUUUCAGAGGCAUUAUCGAGAAAUCAUUUGUCUAACUAUUGUGGUGAUUAUCAUUUUGAUUGUUCUCAAUUUGUCAUCACUCAACUAGGUCAAUUUCCAAGAUGUGGGAUAGAGUUAUGGAAAAGACUACUUUCUGAAGAAGAGAGAAAUCCAGGUAGAAUGAUCCUCUUUGAGGAGUUGCUUCAAGAUAAAGUUGUUGAAAAUGAUAUCAAUUCAUUGACCACUGAUAUGAAUAUAUUUAGGUUGAUCUGA